AUGACUCUUGAAAUUCCGACAGAUCUGCCACCAACGCCACCGGACUCCACACACAGUGAUACAGAAGACAAGCUUGAAGCACAACCAGAAUCACUUACGCUUCUUCCUGCCAUACCAUCAAGCAGUCCGCCCACGAAUGUUCUUGAGCCCGACAAGAAGACUCCAGACUCAUGGCUGCCGCGUGACCCACGGCUGAUCCGACUGACUGGAGUGCAUCCCUUCAAUGUUGAAGCACCUCUGACAGAUCUAUUCGCGCAAGGCUUUCUAACUAGUCCGGAACUGUUCUAUGUCCGCAACCAUGGCUAUGUGCCUCAAGUUCACGAUGCCGACAUGUUGGACUGGGAGUUCUCGGUGGAAGGCAUGGUCGAGCACCCUUUCACGCUCAAAUUGCGUGACCUGCUCGCGGAGUACGAGCAACGGACAUUCCCCAUAACUCUGGUCUGUGCCGGCAACCGUCGUAAGGAGCAGAAUGUUGUACGGAAGACCAAAGGCUUUUCGUGGGGCGCCGCAGGUGUAUCAACAGCAUUAUUCACUGGUGUCAUGAUGGCAGAUCUGCUUGAGCGAGCAAAGCCUCGACGGGGCGGCCGAUAUGUUUGCAUGGAGGGCGCGGAUGAGCUGCCUAAUGGCUGCUAUGGGACUAAUGUAAAGUUAAAGCAUGCGCUGGACCGUGAAAAAGGCAUGAUGAUUGCACACGCGAUGAAUGGCGAAGUUUUGCGGCCUGAUCAUGGCAAGCCACUCAGAGCCGUCAUACCUGGCCAAAUAGGAGGACGCUCGGUCAAGUGGCUCAAGAAGCUUAUAGUGACGCCAGAACCCAGCGACAACUGGUAUCAUAUCUGGGACAAUCGUGUCCUCCCAACAAUGGUUUCGCCCGAGGAGUCUGCAAACAAACCUGCCUGGUGGCAAGAUGAGCGCUAUGCUAUCUACGAUCUGAGCACAAAUUCGGCCAUUGCGGACCCUGCACAUGAACAAACCAUAACAUCAGACGGCUCGAUCGAAAGCUACGCAGUGCGAGGCUAUGCCUACGGAGGCGGCGGACGAAGAGUCACACGAGUCGAGAUCACCCUGAACAAAGGUCGGACGUGGCAGCUUGCCGAAAUUGACUACGCCGAAGACCGCUACCGAGAAGCUUCUCCGCAGUCGUUAUGUGGUGGCACGCUUGAUAUGGAAGGGUACGAGCCUAGUUUCUGUUGGUGCUUCUGGAAGAUUGACCUCCCAAUAUCGGAUCUAUCCGCCGCGAACGAUAUCAUUGUGCGAGCAAUGGAUGACAGCAUGAAUAUCCAACCGCGUGAUAUGUACUGGAGCGUCCUGGGCAUGAUGAACAAUCCCUGGUAUCGGGUGGCAAUACAUAUGGAUGGCGAUUCACUACGCUUCGAGCAUCCGACACAACCUGCACUCAUGCCUGGCGGCUGGAUGGAGCGGGUGAAAAAGGCUGGCGGGGAUCUCACAAAUGGUCAAUGGGGCGAACAAAGUCCGGGCGUUGAGCCAACUGAAGUGGCUCCUGAGCCUGAGUCGCAGGUCAAGAUGACUAGUGAUGAUGUGAAAGACAUAAUCAGCAUUGACGAUGUCCGCAAGCACGACAAGGAAGAAGCCCCGUGGUUUAUUAUUGAUGGCGAAGUAUAUGAUGGCACGGCAUUCCUUAAGGACCACCCUGGUGGCGGCUCGAGCAUCAUUAACGCUGCUGGCAUGGACGCCAGUGAAGAGUUCCUAGCCAUUCACAGUGAGGUCGCGAGAGGCAUGAUGCCUAAGUACCACAUCGGCACUCUGGACGAAACUGGCAAAGCAGCGCUGAAGCUUGAGCCUGAAGAAUCAAAGUCCUCUGAGAUCCGUCCUACAUUCCUGGAGCCAAAGCUAUGGCACAAGGCAGUCCUGCACUCAAAGAAGACGGUCUCGUGGGAUACAAGAGUGUUCACAUUCAAGCUGCAGGACGAAAACCAACCACUUGGCUUGCCGGUGGGCCAGCACCUGUUCAUUCGUCUUCGAGAUCCAGCUACCCGAGAUGCUAUCAUAAGGAGCUAUACGCCUAUAUCACAUCCCGCGAAGAAUGGCUUUGUGGAUGUGCUGGUGAAAGUUUACUUCGAUGAGCCCGGACGAAAAGGCGGCAAGAUGAGCCAGGCACUUGACUCCAUACCCAUUGGUCACUUCGCAGAGUUUAAGGGACCUAUCGGCAAAAUGGAGUAUCGUGGCAAAGGCGUCGCCGCUGUCAACGGUGACGAGCGUAAGGUGGACCGGUUCAUCAUGAUAUGCGCAGGCAGUGGCAUCACACCAAUCUAUAUGGUCUUGCGCGCGGUUGUUGAAGAUCCCGAAGACACGACACAGUGUAUUGUCAUUGAUGGCAACAGAAAACUGGAAGACAUCCUGAUCAAGGAAGAUCUCGAUGUCUAUGCCCAAGAUGCCAAUGGUCGAUGUCAGAUCACACACACACUGACUGACGCUCCCGAGAAUUGGCAGAAUCGACGGGGGCGCAUUAAUGCUACGCUGAUCAAGGAAGUUGCUGGUGAUCACACUCGGGAUGGGAAGAAAACAAUGGUGCUUAUAUGCGGGCCAGAAGGCUUCGAGAAAGGCGUUCGAACUGCGCUGCUCGAGAACGGGUAUACCGACGACGAGCUUCUGUUCUUCUGA